CUCAUAAAAAGUGGCGAUUCAGUUACGGAUCAAGAUCGGUCGCGUUCAGCAGUAGCGUACGGAGCUAGUGACUGUCGUAAGAAUUUUCAGUGAGGCCGGUAUCUCGGUGCAUUGUGUCCUGAAAGUUUCAGCAAACGAGAAGAACUGCAUAUCGAAGCAUGUGAAGAACCUCAAGUAUCAAGUGUAAUGGUCUUCGACUUCCGUAGUGGUAAAAUUGUCCUUGGUCUUGGAAAACAAUGCACUUUGUAGCGAGUUCAUGUUGAUAUCAUAAGUAGGCCUGUUUUGAACAUGAAACUCCUCGUUAUUGUUACAAUUUUAGCACUAUCCUGUGCUCAGGAUCUACCUCAGAGAAGACCGGUAAAGAGGAGCUACGUCUGUCCGCCUAAGUUUGUGAGGCAAGGCCACAGAUGUUACUUCUUCAGCAAAGAGCCUGCCACGUGGCAAGAGGCUCAUUUCCACUGCCGUGAUAUGCACAGCAAUAUUGCUGUCAUCAAGAGUUCUAACCAGGACAAGCUGAUCAGGAAUUUCCUCAGCAAGAAACCAUUGGCUCAACUGGAGAGAUGGCUUGGUGGCGUUUACGACUGGGAGCAAAUGGCAUGGAAAUGGGCAGCAUCAGGAAAGCCCUUGACUUAUAACGGUUUUCAAAGAACAGAAAAAGAAGAUAAGGAAAAAUUACGGUGGCAUUGUAUCAUAAUGGACCCAUCUUUGCAGUAUAGAUGGAAUUCUCGCAGCUGCGUGGAGCAAAAACACUACAUUUGCCACACCAAACUGAAAACCGUAAGCAGCAAGGGCAAGAAGAAGUUGCGCCGCCAGUACAACGUCGACAAAGACAACAAGCUGAACGAAAUUCCAGUUCCCUCCAUCCCGGACUAUUCAGCUAACGAUACCGCACCCCUGAAAACCAAUAUACCCAUCAGUUAUAAGGUGGAAAUCAACCAACGACUCAACGACCAAGCGUUGUUUGCUGAGUCAGCCCCAUUCUUGGAGAGAACCGCGAAGAGGUCGAAGAGAAAGAGGAAAACGAAACUACGACAACUGGCACAUUUCAAGCGAAACUCCAACGGUACGAUUUCUGAACUACCCUCGUUUCUGGAUAGGGGUAAAAGGAGGAAAGGCAAAGGAAAGACGGUAGAUAGGGGUAAAUCCACUGCCAUCCAGCAUAUUAGGUGGAAAACUUAUAAGGCGAAGCAAUCUAAUCCGCUUUAUCCUAAGCCGAUAGUUGAGGAGUACAACUACGUUAAAGAGCACUGAAUGCAAAAAAGGUGUGGAAGCAUAAUUUAUUAGUCAAGAAGGCACUAAAUACACUAAGUCAUUGUGUUCAUCCUUUGACUAUGGACAAUUAUUAUUCUUUUUUUAACAGCAACGCUUUCCAGUGUACUCCUAAUAGCUUUAAAGUCUUAAUAAAUAUAUUUAGUUUUAUAUAUUUAAUGUUAGUAAUUUUUACAGAAUGAACAGUUUUGUACAAUAUUCAAAAUUAUAUUUUUAGAGCAAAACGUACAUUGUCAUUACCUAUUACAAAUUUGACUGACAUACUUAUAAUAUUUGCCUUGUUUUAAUAAGAACUUGUUUAAUGUGCUGACUGUAUCUACAUUUUUAUAUUUCUCAAAUGUAUUGCGAUGGGCUGAUGCAUGCCACUCUUGUAGCGCUUUUGCCGCUAGUUGGGUAACCCCUCUUGAAUCAGUCUGUUAAGUGGCGUCACCUGAGACGGUUGUAGUGAGCCCCAGAGACAGUUUUCUUAUGACGACUGUUUUGACCUCUUCCGAUUUUUUAAUAUCGGUGACAUUCGAGAAUACCAUAACACCCCGAUUCAUCCCCGGCGAUGAUUUUGUAGAAAAAGUUCUCGUCCCCUCCAAAUGGUCCAAUAAGUCACAACAAGUCACGACAAGCCACGACAAGUCAACAAGCGGAGACAAAUUUCGUCGCGAAUAGUCCCAUUUGCAGAUCUUAGACUAAAAUGCGCUACUUGGGCUCCACGAAAGACCAGAUAAUUCAGCAAGUGCACCAACAGUACACCUUCUAUCCUUGUACACAAGCAAGCGAAUUUUUUCAUCAGUUCUGGAAGUGGAAGAGCGACCCGAGUGUUGAACGUCUUCGAUCGACAUGUCGCCGCAUUUGAAUAGCGAAUACCAUUCAUACACUUGAGUUUUUUUCAAGGCAUGCUCUUUAUAAGCUGUAGAAAACAUAUUCACCCCGUCCGAUGUACUUUUACCGAGCAGAAAAUUUCAAUGCCGCACGCUGUUCUCGAAUAUCAACUAUUUUAGUAAAUGGAAGAAGUCGGAAUAGUCGCACGAAAACUGUCAUAAGGGCUAGCUACAAUCGUCUCAAGCGCUCAAGUGUGGCAGAUAGGAGGUGUUACGAACACCCAUCUAGCGGGAGCAGCCCAAACUACAAGAGCGGCGCACGCAGCGAAUUUCGUCCAGUUAUUUUUGGGUUUCCCCUCGUACAUUAAUUUAUCUUUUUAAAUCCAUCUACUAUAGAACAUAUUUUAGAAUUAGUACAAAGAAAUAUUAAUUAGAAUGAUUUAAGUAUUGCUAAAGAAACAAAAUUGAUACGCUUAUGUUGUUGUUCCAUACCGUCUUUAUCUCUACAUAUCCCAUAGUUUAUACACAUAGUUUUUGUAAGGUUUUGUACAUAUUUAUUUAUUUUACAUGUAGUUCACAACUUAUUUUAUUUGAAACUUUUACCAUUGCAAACUGCACCCAGUGAGAAUUUUUUAAAUAUAGUUAUUGGCUAAUAUGUUAU